AUUUCUCAAGUGUGGAAUAACACCUUGGUGAACCUCCUGAAGAGCCUCUGCUCCCUGGGGGUGGACAGCAACAGGAAGGAGAUGCAGUCGGUGGAGCAGGAGGUGCUGUGGCGGCUGCGGCGCCUCACCUUCAGGCAGCUCGCCUCCCUGGCAGAGUUCUUGGCCGUCAAGCAGCAGAAGGAGAGCAAGCUGCUGAACGAAGUCAUCAAGAAGCUGGAGCUGCGUUGGACAGAGCUCGAGGGCACCCGAACCGUGGUCACGCUGAUGAGCAAGGUCGGGCAUGUCUCCCCGGCUCUGAUGGACCGGCUGGAGGACAAGGCUCUGGAACUCGCUGAACAGUUCAACCCCGAUGAUAUCCGUAAAAUAACGCUGGCUUUAGCCUACCAGAACCGGCGCUGCGUGCCUCUGCUCCGAGCCUUGUCCUACCACCUGAUCCAGAAGCACUCUGAGCUCAGCCUCAACACCCUGAUGGACCUGAUUUUUGCCUAUGGAAAACUGAAUUUCCACCAGCCCCAGGUCUUCCAGAAGAUAGCCACCGACCUGCACCCCCACGUUUCGGCCAUGACGCCCGUCGAGGUGACGCGCUGCAUCAGAUCCUUCGCCCUCCUCAAGUGGCUCAGCCUGCCGCUGUCUGAGGCCGUUGUGCAGUAUGCCCUGGACAACACCAAGGAGUUGUCAGUCACCCAUCUGUGCAGUAUCAUCCUGUCUUUUGCUCGCCUGAACUUCCAGCCCAGCGGAAGCGAGGACUUCUUCAACAUGAUCCACGAGGAGCUCCAGAGCCAGCUAGACAGCCUGGAACCUCACCUGCUGACGGACCUGGUGUGGUCGCUCUGCGUGCUGCAGCAGGCCAAGGCUCCCUACCUGCGGCGAGUGCUGGCGCCCGACUUCCACACUCGGAUCCAAG